AUGUAUGAAUGCAGAAAAUGUGCUCAGAUAGCAAAGGAGAUGAGAAACUAUGAUAUAAACAUACUUGGCAUAAGUGAAGCAAGAUGGAACCAAAGUGGAGUUUUGACACUGGAAACAGGUGAGGAGAUUCUAUACUCGGGAAACCCCAAUGAAAAUGAUUAUCACUCCAAAGGAGUAGCAGUAAUGCUUUCCAACACAUCAAAGAAGAGCCUGAUGGAAUGGGAACCAGUAAGUGAGAGAAUGAUGUGGGUGAGACUAAAAGCUAAGUGCCAAAACAUAACUAUCAUACAGUGUUAUGCACCAACCAAUGAUGCCGAAGAGGAUGUAAAGGAAUGUUUUAAUGAACAACUACAACAUGUUUGGGACAAAAUCCCCAAAAGAGACAUCAAAAUAGUCAUGGGUGAUAUGAAUGCUAAGAUUGGAAAAGAGAACAAGGACAGAGAGAAAACAUUAGGAAAACAUGGUCUAGGAGAAAUAAAUGAGAAUGGAGAAAAGCUAGUUGAAUUCUGUGAGCUGAAUGAGCUUGUAAUAGGAGGCAGUUUAUUUCCACAGAAGAAUAUACAUAAGGAGACAUGGGAAUCACCUGAUGGAAGAACAAAAAAUCAGAUUGACCACAUCAUGAUAAGUCAGAGAUGGAGAAGCUCACUUCAAGACGUUAGAGUUAUGAGAGGAGCAGAUAUCAGCUCAGACCACCAUCAUAGCAUAGCCAAAGUAAAAAUAAAACUUGCAAAAGGGACCAAAGUCGAACAAAAACGUAUAAAGUAUAAUGUGGAGAAGCUCAAAGACCUACAUCUCAAAGAUCAAUUCCAAAUCGAGCUCAGAAACAGAUUUGAAGUACUUAAAGAUGUGCCAGACCUGGACAUGAAUAAUGAAUGGAAAGUGGAAAGAGACAUCAUCAAGGAAGUGUGUGAAGAUGUACUUGGAAGAAAAACUAACAAAAAGAAAGAUUGGAUAUCACAUGGAACAUGGGAUAAAGUAGAAGAGAGAAGGAAAAUGAAGGAAAAGGUAAACAAUGCAAGAACAAGGGCUCAGAAACAAGAAGCACAAAACAAACACCAGUUCCUCAACAAAGAAGUGAUAAAAUGCUGUAGGAAAAAUAUGUAA